AUGUUUGAUUUGCGUACAGAUGAUACUUCUUCUGGUCUAGUUAUUAAAAUAUUCGGCGAUAAAACGGAGAUCCUGAUUGAUCGUCAAAAUGAAAAAGAAGUUAUGUUAGCCCUUGCAUCGAGACAGCUUGCUAAGCCAUUUCUUCUUCAAUUUGGUAAUGGAAUUAUUUAUGGAUUCACGCCUGGUGAUGUUUGUUCGAGAGAGGAUAUAGCAAAAGAUGAGAUUCGUCCACUGAUUGCUCGAAAAUUGGCUCAGUUUCAUUCUGCACCUUUGAGUGAUGAACAAAGGCAGAAGGGGCCUUGCGUCAUACCUCUCAUUCGAAAGUUUAUUGCUCUUCUCGAACAGCAUGGUGGAGAACAUGAAAAGAAAGGUUAG